CUGCAUUUCAGGGAUUCAGAAGGAAGGAGUUGUUUGGAACUGGCUGCAUUAUAUGGUCUAAUUAGCACUCUGAGAAUAAUUUGCGGUCUUGGGGUUAACAUUAACGAGCGGACUCAUGACGGGUCUGGUUACACGGUGUUAAUGCAUUCUCUUAGCAAAGGUCAUUAUGAAUGUGCUGAGCUUUUGGUAUCAUUGGGGUGUGAUUUGGAAUCCGUAACGUUAGAUGGGCUAUACCUGCAGACAAUGUUACACCAUUUCAUUGACAUUGUUGAUGAAGAAGCAGCAGUUUUUCUUAUAAAGAGUGGAUGUGAUGGUAAUGCUGUACGAGUUCCACGCGAUUCUAACAACUUGGUGGAAGAAACACCUCUUCACAGAGCUGUAUCUGCUCAGAUGAAUAAAAUUGUGGCUGCUCUUGUUUCUAGCAAGACUAAUCUCAAUGUUCAGGACGCACAUGGUCGUACAGCGUGCCAUAUUUGUGUUCAAGAACGAAAUCACAUUGCAUUAUCGGAACUUUUAAAAGCCAAUGAUGUUGAAUUUUUGUCCAUACGGGAUAAAUUUGGGCACACUCCAUUUUCACAAGCACUUUUUUCCAAACAGCAUGUGGUAUUUUUAUUAUUAGCCAGACUACCUCAUGUUGCACUGCAAACUAACGGAAAUGGUGAAAAUCUGCUUCAUACUUCGGUGAAGUUAAAUGAUCUUGAAAGUGUGCUAUUUCUCCUAAGCACCAGUAGCGAUGCUACUCGUGCGACCGAUGGAUCGGGGCGUAACGCACUACAUUAUGCUGCAGAUGUCGACAAUGAGUUGAUUUUGCGUAAUUUAUUACUUGUUGGCUGUGAUGUGAACGUAACAGCAAAAGAUGGUAGUACUGCGUUACACGCUGCAGUUCGUGGAAACCGCCCGCAUCAUACUGAAAUUCUGUUGGAAAAUGCAGCUAACGCAAAUCAAGUGGAUGACAGGCAUGAGAACGCGUUGUCAGUUGCUGUUCGCUAUGGCAGUUUAGAUUGUGUGAAAGUGUUGCUGGAUAACUCAAGUGUUGACGGUUUUUCACUAAAUAAGAAUGGACAGUCGGCAUUGCAUCUGUGUGCGAUGUUGACUACCGAGAAAGUUCAAUCUCGAACAGCACCAGUCGAAAUAUGUGAGCUGCUUCUGAGAAGGGAAGCACGAGCGCUGCCAGAAAAAGUCUUUAGCGCAUAUGUUGAUUUGCGUGAUGCGGAUGGAAAUACUGCACUGAUGUUGGCGUACAUGGUAGGGAAUGGCGACGUGUGUCGUUGUCUUCUUCGUUAUGGUGCAACGAUGGGAGCACGGAAUUCUGACGGGGAUACAAUAUUCACUUAUGAAACUCCUACAAGAUUGUUGCUCUUUCGAUUGCUUGAUUCGCUUGAGAAAGAACCGCGCUGGUCAGACGGGGAUAUUUGUGAUUGUGGUGUGCGAUUUUCGAUUACAGUCAGAAAGCACCAUUGUCGGCAUUGUGGUCGUCUCGUAUGCGCAAAAUGUUCGGAGGUAACGAUGCCUAUAGCCAAAUUUGGAGAAGAGAAACGUGUUCGAGUGUGUUCGUUAUGCGUUGAAGUGCUUACAAAAGGCGUUCAAUGA